UACUAAGUCACACUUGGGUAGGCAAGAUACACAUGAAGCGCGAACGAUCGGUAUUUUGGCCUGUAUCAAUAUCAGCCAAUUAAGAUACCUAUACGUUUUAAAGCAAUAUCACACCUUGAAUCUACAUUACUGAUAGACCUGACUAAUACUGUUACGGUCUAUGUAGCUACUUACCUAAGUUAUGAGUGUCGUAUAUACACCUUGCAUUCGAAGACUGUCGAGUGCAGUAGGAAGGCGUCAGUAUCGACCUUUUCCUCACGCGCUCGCCGCCAUCUUAUUACCUCAGCUAAGCCCUCUGCACAUAAACGUCAUUCCUUCCGGCUCGUUGCAUUGCAGAUUCCGCAAUCGUAGCAAUUCGUAUAGUUUGAUCGAGAAAUGCUAUAAUAUCCGUCUAGGGCUCUACAUGCUUCUUUAGUUCUCUUUACCAACGACACACUUUUCUAUUUUUCAAUUCGCUUCUAUUUCUCAUAGACUUCUAAUCAUACAGAGUACAAGUACUCAUAGAGCAUUCACGAUGGCGGCGGACAUGAACACCGGGAAAUUCCCCCACAGCAACAUGCCGGCUCCCAAGGGAGACCUUGUGAUGCCCCUCUUCUCGCUCAAGGGCCGGACGGCGAUCGUCUCCGGAGCUGGAGCGGGCAUCGGUCUAGCGAUAGCUCAGGCGCUCGCCGAAGCGGGUGCGAACAUUGCGAUCUGGUAUAAUUCGAACAAGAAGGCGUUGGACGAGGCGGCCGCUAUCGAGGAGCGGUACGGCGUGAAAUGCAAGGCAUACCAAGUCAACAUCAACGCCUACGAAUCCGUGAAGGCAUCCGUAGACGAGAUCGUGAGCGACUUCAACGGCCGACUGGACGUGUUCGUGGCGAACUCGGGCAUCGCGUGGGAGGAGGGGCCGUUCGUCGACGGCUCGCUGGAGACGAUGCAUAACGUGCUCAAGGUUAAUAUCGAGGGCACCUGUUACUGCGCCAAGGCAGCAGCGUUGCACUGGCGGCGACAGGCGGCGGAGCGCACGACGCUCGACGGCGGCCCGUUGGAGAACUAUCUCUCUGGCAGCUUCAUCUGCACCGCGAGCAUGAGCGGCCAUAUCGCGAAUGUGCCCAAUGCGCAGGCCGUGUACAAUGCUUCCAAGGCUGCGGUUAUCCACGUCUGCAAGUCCUUCGCUGUCGAGUGGACGGGGUUCGCGCGCGCCAACUCUGUGAGCCCUGGUUACAUCGAGACCGAGAUGACUGGAUUCAUGUCCGAGGAGACGAAGAAGGUCAACAGAGACAGGAUCCCGAUGGGUCGAGAGGGAAACGCUGUGGAGCUCAAGGGUGCAUACUUAUUCCUGGCGUCGGAUGCGUCUUCUUAUGCCACCGGUAUCGACAUUCUCAUCGAUGGAGGAUAUUGUGCGGCAUAGGGCAAUUCCUUAGGUAUCAAGAUCUAGAUCUAGAAACAUGCUUUUGCACCGUUAUUCGCCUCCCUCUGUUAGUACAACGAGUCCUACCUGGUUACAUCGCAGCCCCAGGCAGCAGGAGCUUCAGUCUCUGGGAAGUCCAGCCUUGUGCCUAUU